CCACCCCCCCCAUCUAUGGUUCUGGAGCCACCUAAACCAGAAGUCAAGGCAGCCACCCGUGUGAGCGGUGGCCCAGCCACACCACGCAAAGGCCCACCCAGGUUCAAGCAGAGGCAAACUCGCCAGUUCAAGAGCAAGCCACCAAAGAAAGGUGUCCAGGGCUUUGGAGAUGACAUCCCUGGAAUGGAAGGUUUAGGCACUGACAUCACUGUCAUCUGCCCUUGGGAGGCCUUCAACCACCUGGAGCUGCACGAGCUGGCCCAGUACGGCAUCAUCUGAACCAUCCAUCUUCCCAUCAUCGUCUGUACCGUUUAGACCCCCCUCCGAACCAACUGCCUCCACCCUG